AAUCAAAACAAACAGAAGAAGAAGCGAGAGGGCCGUUGCUAGGCGACAAUAAUAACGCACACAAGUGCCGGGAGUAGAUAAACGUCAAUGAAGAUACAGCUUACCCUCGAUAUUUUCCUUUUUUUACCGUAAUUUUUUGCCGUCAAGAAGUGUUCAAAUAUCUAGGUAAAGUUUUAGCUUUAAAUUCAGAAUGUUAAAGGCUAUAAUUUAAUGAAACACAUUUGGUUUUAGGCCAAUAUUUGCCCAAUUAGCUCAGCUUUGAGAUGUUAAAUCGUGAUAUUGUAUACGUUUUUGUGAGUUUAUUCAUGCUUUAUUAACACAAUAGACCGUUCCUGACCAGCACUCUGACCAGAUGUUGACCUCGAAAAUAUACGUGACUUGAACCCACAAGGUUUUUUUUGUUUGUUUGUUUUUUUAAGGGGAGAGUGGAGUAAGAUGACGAGCCAUUUUUCAUAUUUCAGAUCACUACAUCAAGGCGAUCAUAGUUUUGUCUCUAGCUAGUGUAUCUGUGCAUCCCUGCAAACCAACAGAAUGAGCGUAAACUUAAGUGUCUUGAUAAUAUAGCUUGCCAAAAAAAUGUGGUCUCCUAUGGUCAACUUACCCUGUGUAUGGGGUAAGUUGACCAUAGCUUAACUUUUUCCAAAGUUAGAGGAAAAAGGUUGUUAGACUUCAGGUGACAGAGAGAUCAGGAUAAUAAACUCUUUUGAAAAAACAACAUGAUCUUCAUUUUUGCUCACACAAAACGUCUUUUAAAUAGAUUUGCUUUUCUUCUACUCACUCAACACGUCGACUAUAGGUAUAUUUGACCAGCCUUGUCCAGUAUUUUUGUAAGCCCAUAUGCUAUAUGUCACAUGGUUCGCAUCUCAUGUCACCAUGUAAUACGAGAAAAGAGACAUUUUUUAUGGACACUGAAAACAUCACAUAUGUUCCUUCCAUGGUAUGCACAUACUGUACAUUCCUCUUUAUAUAUUGCAGUGUGACAGCAGGAAACUCAGAUUACAUUUUUCUUUUUCUUUCUUUACUCUGUUUGUUAUAUUUCAUUCAUUGGCGUUCAUGUUUCAAGCUUGAGUUAUUCAUGUAGCUGCUGCUGUUCAUUUUUGUCAGAUAUCACCUUCUACUUGGACUAAACUGCUGUGUAUUUUAAUUGCAGCUAUGCCUCUUCCAGACACGAUGUACUGUGCCCAGCAAAUCAACAUCCCUCCCGAGCUGCCAGACAUCCUCAAAAACUUCACCAAGGCAGCAAUCCGCACACAGCCGAAGGAUUUGCUGCAGUGGUCUGCGGCGUAAGUCCAAGUUGUCUGUGAGGAUUCUGGUAGACUGUAGGGGAUACAUGUGUUUGUGUUUCAUCUCAUUUUUGAUCUCUUAAAUUAAACCGUAAACUGUAUCUCCUGGCUGCAUUAGAGUGUGAAAAGAGAUGCCCUUUUCACCUGUGCGUCUCUCAUCUUUGCAUUGACUGACUGUUAUUGCAUCCCAGGGGCCUCCAUCUUGCCUCAGUGGUUUAACUAUCUGACUUUGGUAAACACAGAAAAAGCAUUUGAUGAAGUUAUCAUACACACCGAUUUUUUAGUCCUCCCAAAGGCUGUCAUAUCAUCUGCUUUUUUACUGGCCAAUGUAGCCCGGUGGUGUUUAGAGCAACGGAUAAAGAAGCGAGCCAUGUGGUGAAAGAAAAACAUUUUAAAUGUCUCCUGUGUAACAAGAUGUUUAUAUGCUAUUAAAGUAACACCAGACGCUGUUGCCUUUCAGGAACGCUGAAAGCCACGCUGCUACUAAAUUUGAAUAUUAUUUAAACCUUGAAGGACGAUAAGCCACAGUUGGCCCUUUAGCUUGAAAACACAUCACUUAACUUCAGACAAAGCUAGAAAUCAUGAUGACUUUAUGCAACCAGUGGUCCUCAUGAGAAGUGAACUUAGACUGAUGCCAAUGCAUGCCUCAAUUACCGCAGUCUGCUUUUAUCUGUUUUUGAUUGGCAGGCUUGGAAAGCAGGGAGGAUGAGUGACAACCGAGUUAAAGCUAAGCACAAUUUGAUAAUAUAUGUAUGUAAAUGAUGUGCGUGUGCCUCUUGCAGAUACUUCAACGCACUGUCAGACGGAGAAUGUCUGCCCGUCAAGGACAGGCUGGAGAUGAAUAUUGCCACCCAAAAAACAGACACUGGGCUGACUCCAGGUCUACUGAAGACUCUGCAUAAACAGGUAUUUUCUGUACAGCAAGACCACAGCAGACAAAGUGGUUUACUUCAUAUAUUUAAGUUUUCAUUUAACCUUUAUGAUAACCAAUGUAUCAAACAUCCUCCAUUGAGCUUCAGUGUUUAAACUGGUUCUGUAAAGGCUACAUUCACUGACUGAUUACUGUAUCUGCUAUUCUAUGAGUGUAAUUAUUAGUUGCAUUAAGUUUAAUAUCCACAUUUGCUUACACUCGCUCUCUUUAAGUGUGCAUCUGCAUAUUACCAUGAAGCUGUCUCCCCACAUGGGUUAUAAAAAUUUUAUAUAAUCAUAAACCUAUUUUAUCUUACCUCAGGCACCAAUGUGGAUUCAUUAAAAGAGCUGAAAAAUUGAUGUGUCUUCAAAGGCCAAUAGUCUUAACCUUGGGAGGAAGCUGCUGUAUUUGUAUGGUUAUGUUAGUAAUGUUGUUUUGUGCUGUUUUAUUCACUGUUUGGCUUGAGAAGUGAAAAUCCCAAAUUCUGUCAGCACAAAUCAAACAAUUACACAGAUAAUUAGACGUACUCCUUCGUGUAGCUUACACAUCAGUAAACUCCCCCUCCUCAUGCUGUUUCUUAAAGAGAUUAUUUCCCAUGUGUUAAAGUUCAUGAUAAGGUGAGGAAAGCUUGCUGAUUAACAGAUCAUUAAUAUUUACAACUUACUGAUUCUGCACAUCUUAUGCUGCUUUUGCAACAAAUAAUGCUGAUUAAUUACUCAUUUGCAUUUUUAACAGUCAUCUUGUGAAUUAUAUAACUUUCUUUUCCAUCUCCCUCUGUUUUUUACAUCCCUCUCUUUUCCCAUCUGAUCUCAGCUAUCCCACAAGCAAACAUGCAGCAAAGAGGAGCUGCAGAAGAAAUGGAAGGGUCUCUGUCUACCCGUCGAACAGCUUGAGACCCUGCUGCUUCUGGGAAGCUUUGGCUCAGACAUCGACUGGUUGGAGUUCUUUGCCCUGGGCUGCAGUGCUCUGGGAGGGGUGAGAUGUUUCAUAAGGCUAGAUAAAAACACUAAUGCCACUUUAUACCACUUUCUUAGAGGUUUAAAACCUAUGGUUGGGCCUAGCACAGUUUGAGAUCUUCACGAAAAGCCGUUUUUGUUCAUAUUACAGUCUAGUCCUCCAGUAUUUAGACUUGAUCCCGACAUUCAUGAUCCAGACUUCUAACACGGUCCCAGGGCUAUGACUGGAUAAAUCCUCCUCUGACUACUUAAAUCUUUGGAAUGCAAUUGAGCCAAUGAUUUUGCUUCAAAGUUGCAGACAAAGCUGAAGACAGAUUAAAGUGAAAGUCUUCAAACAUGGUAAACUUUGCAGAUGAAUGAUGACUUAGAAUCUACAAAAAGCAAGUGCAGCUUAGCAUUAUGUGCUCAGUGUCAGUAGUGUGAACUGCUGCUGCUCUGUAUGAGGCUUUAAAGCACUCUGACCACAAGAGGGCAGUCAUGAUCUGUAUUGACUUGGCUGUUUUUUGCAACGUCUACUUGUGAUGCUCACAUGUCCUUGAUUGCUGUAUGAGUGGGUUUGUUUCUACUGACUGCUUCUUUGUGUCUCUCUACAAACUUUUCAGACCCUUCUAAGUUCUUUAAAGUUUGCCUGUGAGAUCCUGACAGAGGAUGAGGAGGGUGGUGCUGCAAGGAUCCCGUUCCCCACCUUUGUCAAACUCUACACCUACCUGGCUCACCUGGAUGGAGACAUGCCACAGGACCGCAUUGACAACUUCCUCAGCAGUCUGCAGGAUCAAGUGUAGGUGUUGUUUGUGUGCAUUUGCGCCGGAUCUGAGGUUUGCAGCUGUCAGUAUUCUUAUAGGAGUAUGCUUAUAGAAGUAAAGUCUACUUAUUUCUGAAAAAAGCAGAGUUGAUGUAGGUUGUGGAGAAGUGUCUGGAAUACUAUUUUUCCUCAUUUUUAUAAGUUCUCCUUAUAUUUAGCUCCAGUCAAACUUCGUAUAACCCCCUUUUUUUUUUACCCUGUUUGUCACUGAAGAUUAUUAGUCAUGUAGGGCACGGUAUCUUUAAGUGCAAUUGCCUUUUCAACACUGCAGAAACUACAUUGCCAACAGUUUUAAGCUGAAGGAAUGCUGUCUAUUCGUACUCUACAUCACAGACUUUGAUGUGCGGGAAAACUGCUCUAGCUCUGUUCGGUCCAAAACUCCUGCCUGUCAAUGUCUGUAUAGGCUUAAAAGCACAGAGCUAAGCCAGUUCUCCUAGCUUCAUAUGAUGUUAUAAGAUAGUGAUAUUCUCUAUGGUGCAAAUUCCUGUACUGCUGAGUAGAGCUGUUGCACUGAUGCACCGGUUUCUUCGCCCGACAGCAACAAGCAGAACGGCAUGAUUCAGGUUUCCAACUUCUAAACCAGCAGGAAGUGAGGGAAGGAGGCAUGCAAAGCAGGGGAAGACAGGAAGGAAAGGAAGUAACAAAAUGACCCUUCUUGAUUAAUAAAUUGGCCUGCUAAUGCUGUUUCAAUCGCAGAUGUUGGUUCAUUAACUAGAAAUUGGUCCUGUUAAUUGUUAGCAUCAGGCAUAGCCGGUUAUUAUUCGUCAUUGUCUGGCUAAACCAGGCUGCUGUUUUGAGGCAGGUUGGAAUCUUUUAAUGAGCAGCAAGAGAGGCACAAAGCUGCCUUCCACAACCUGUCAGGAGGAGUGUGUGCAUGCUUUUUAUUGCCUGUUCCCUUAUGUCUGGGUAAGCCAAAGUACAUUUAUCAUACACACAACCUAUCAGCCUACAGCUUCACCUCAUUUGGCCUCUCUGCGGGUGGAUUCAUUUCCCCCAGCAGACGAAAAAAGAGGAGCGGUAAGGUGAUAAGCUUUGAGGGCAAAAGAGCGGGAUUUUUAGGUUGUGUUAAACUCCUAAAGCCCUGCUGUGUUUAGUUCACUCCUCCGUGCAAUAUUGUAAAGAGGCAAGUACAAAUGCUCACUCAGACAGAAAGCACAAAAUCACACGCAGGGCCAAGAAAUCUUAGACGUGCACACAUACACAUGAAUUUAUCUUCCACUUAGUCCUGCUGUAACUUAUGCACACAACUUUACAUUUACUCAGCAGGAGUGUAAUCUGUAGUCACCAAGAGCCAAGAUAUGUCACCCUGUUUUUUUUCCAUCUAAACCUGUGUUUUUUUGUGAGUAUUUCAUCUGGCAGGGCAGGAAACAGGAUCAGAGGGAAUUCACAGUGCAGGCACUGUUGGAAGUAGGUUUUAAGGGUGGAGCAUACACACACACACACACACAAAUGCACAACCGCUCUUACACACUUAAGCUUACCGCUUGCAGGAUUGCAGCCAUGGCCAAGUCAAAGGGGAUUGAAGGACAGAUAGAACCUCUGAUAUCUUGAUAACCGCAGGAUCACCACCCGUAUGACACAGCAGAAAAGGAAUUUUGUCAGGGCUUAACACUGAGAUCUCUCUCUGAACUCCACAGUUGAACUUUAUUAUGUAAUAUGUUGAAAAAACCUUCAGCUUUGAUUUGAAUCUGUGAAGAACACUGUACUGAAUUACAGGGGAUGGAGACUGUGAUAAACAUCUUUCUACACAGGUGGAGUCCUAUCACAUAACAUAACAAUAGCUUACUUUCAUGAGGAUUAGAGGGAUACAGGUUACGUCUAAACUUGGAGUUAACAAUUCACAUAUGAAUUGUUAACAAGGAUUAAAACUGAUGGUUUAUAUUCCCUGUGUGGAGUUUGUAAUUAGUUUUGAAGCAGACUGAAUUUGAUACUGAAACCUCACAGGAGCUUAAAUAGAUGUUCAAAUAAAAACUCCUGCUGUCCCCUAAACGCUGGAACUCUAUCUGGAGUUUACCAGACAGUUUUUGAUCAGAACUUCCGAAAGUGAAACCCCAAAUCAACUUAAAUCCUAACUGUUUUAUACGGAAGUUGGAAAAUCAUCUACUAAACCAGAAAAAGAAACAGAAAUCAGUCAAACAGUGCACAGUUAUGUAACACAGAACCACAGUGUCUACAGGUAAACAGUGUAAGAUCGAUAUGUGCUGGCAUGUACUGGGAACUUGUUGCUCUGUUUCAGGGGUUGUAUGCCGGUUUAACCAGACACAACCAACAUACAACUUCACCUCCCUUCUGAGAUCAAAAUACCACCAAACUGGGAUGUGCUAUGAGAUGUGGUUCACUGGUUUAUCCAAGUAGUGGAGCAUUGUAGUAUUUUGCAGUUGCCAUCAACUGGAGCUGCAGCCUUGGCCUGUGGGGGUGACUGCGCUACAGUUUAGCCAUGAUAUAUGACUGGAGCAGUAGAAAUUCUAACAAUAAAUUUUACUGACUGGUGAUUCUGGUGCCAAUUCUAGACCAUUCUCUUCAUGAUAUUUACAAAAACCCAACUUAAAGAUCCUCUCUUGUGAAGUCAGACCCACUUCAAGUGUAUCAUUUUACUGUGGUAUUGACUACUCAACUAGAUGACAGUUGCCCACAGCACUGACAAGUGGUACAAGUAGUCAGCAAGGUAAUUAGUUGGUAAAACCCUACUGUAACCAUGCACCAUCUGCUGCUAACAUUCGGAUAUUCAACUACAACUGUAAGCACUGAAACUGGCCUAUAUACCUGAGAUACUGUUCACUACUUGUGCUUACACUUGGUAGGAGUUUUAGCUGAGAGAUAAAACUUUGCAUUUGUGUAGACCUAUACUCAAAUUUCUCAUGUACAUUGGAUCUGUCAGUACAGCUCCAGGGCUGUAAUGCUCCAUUGUUUUAUGAUACUGGGACUUGGGAGGGGCAUGAUGUCAUUGCAAAGAUGUCAGUGGUUUAGGAAUCUCUGCUCCAGGGUGGACCUUAUUGCACAACUGUAACUGUUUCUUCAAGCUUUGCUCAUAACAUGGCAUCUCCAGGGACACGACAAAUCUAGCAGAGCAGUGUGAAAGAGACAGAAGAAGAGAGAGUGGACACAAAGGCUCCAUUUUAACGUUCUGCUCUGUAGAUGUUGUGUAACAGACUUCAGGGUAAGGAUGAGGGAAAGAAUGAUUCAUACUCUAUUGUGAAGUAUCAGAACAUUAAAAUUUUAUUUUCACUGCUGCACUGUACAAUUUCAUCAACAAUAUUUAAAAGUGGUAUUUCAAAUUAUAAGACAAUUUUGGAUAUAUUUUCAGGCUUUGCUGUUUAGAUUCAUUUAUGAUAUUAAUUUUAAAUGCAAUUUUCAUGUAAGUCUGAAAGCUGUUAAGUUGUGUAUGUCAUUUACAGAUAUCAUUGUAUGGAUGUAUGUCAGAAAUUUCUAACAACAGACUAUAUUUUCCAGGGAGCUCCAACAUGGGAUGAUAAAACCUCUGGAUUUUAUCUAUCUGGAUAACACAGACUCCACUCCUCCUGAUUCUUCGAACUUUGCCAGAGCAACCUCGAGAGCUGAAUGAAGUACUGCCCAAGGUUUUUUGGUGAAAUUGUAAAGAUUUGUUUGGAAGCGGAAGGUGUAGCCUGCAUCUCAAAAUUCAAUGCCACCCCAUAAAAUAGUGUUGAACUUAAUGGUGUAGAUAAGAGCCAUACUUUCUGGAGAGAUAUUUACUUUCUAAAGAGAAGGUUACACAGAGUGAUGGUGCCCACAAAUGAUCAAGGUUGCUUAUAAAAGAUCCUUUCAAACAUGCAAAGAGCCUUUCAGCAUUAUUCCCUUUGAGCCUUGUUAUCUUUUUAACAGAAGAAUAAUCUAAUACCCUCUGUGGCACACACAGGCUUAUUUAAAAAGUAGAAUUAAUUUAGGUAGAGGUGUUUUCUCCUGAUUUGAACCGAGUCUGUUUCACUGUGGCCAGUAUCGCGCCACUAUUAGAGUGGGUGCAUGUUAAGACACCUCCACAGUACUUCUAUCACUCAGCCUCACUUUUACAAGGUUAUGUUUGACGCUCUACAAGAGGACUCAGACUUCUUACCUUGGGCAAUAUUCUGUGCUGUGUGAAAGGCCCCAUUUUUUAUGAGUUCAGAUUGUUUAUUCUAGUUUAUGGUUUUAUGUAUUUAUCAUGGAGAAAAGAAAACUUUUCUCCAGGGUCUACAAACAAACGCAUAAUUUGCUGAGAAUACAUGAAGUUAAUUUGUUCUCGCUUUAUUCGGGAGUUGUUCUUACACACAUGAACACACUUCACAAAUAGAGCUUAAUUAAAGACCACUGCUGGCUGAUUAAAAUGAGUGAAUAACCACUUGUGGACUAUUGAAUUUCUUCUACUCAACCGACAGCAACAUCUUUCUUUUUCUCUUCACUGAAGUGUUGUCCUUAGCUUCUGAAUACACAUCGCUGUUUGUCCCUGCCUCAUUAACUGAUUAAGCAAUAAAAUUAAGAGUUUUUAAUCAAGCUAUUAAUAAUCAAGAGUUUGCAGCGCGAAGGAAAAAUAACAGUUUCAGGCAAAUUUUUUCCAACACAAGAAGUCCUGUGAAAACCCUGACAUAAACACUUUCACUUUACCAGUCCGAGACAGUUCAGUACUUGUGUUGAGAGGAGACUCAUAGGGGGAUCUUUGUGUACUACUACUGCUUUGGUUUUACCUUAGAGGAGACUAGUGUGUGCAGGGGUGUUUUGGCCGUUUGUGGUUUAAGGUCGGUGAAGUGGGUUCAGGGUCAGAGCCAGGGGGUACAAGAGCAAGGGAAGGCCAUACUUUUGCUAAUGUUAUGAAUGUAUGUAGGAAUAUUACAUCUGUGUGAUUAAGGUGUUCAUGAUGAGACAGUAAACAACAACUUUCAGGAAGAUUUUAUAAGAGAGGGUCUUUACUAUGACUGUCAUCUUGGUAAUCCCUGAGAUAUGCUAAAGGCAGGAAUGGUUUUGGUUCAAUUUAUCAGUACAUUGUAGUAUUCAUGAAUGUGUAGCAAGCAGACAGUAUGCCUGCCUUAUGCAGCAGGUGAAGUACCUUUGCUGACAUAGCUUUAGUGUGCACAUUCCAAAAAUACUAUUUCCCCAAAUAGCCACAUUUUACAUCACAUAUUUUGCAGCGAGGAGAGAAACAGGUUCUGGGUUAAAAACAAUAAUUUAGUAGUGCCCUUACUGUCACAGGGUAGUAGUUGAAAUAGUCUUUCAAUUGAGAUGGAUUUGGAACAAGGUAUAAACCUGAUCAUUACAUGACACACAGACAGAAAGACACACAAACAUCUAGGUAAUUACACUCACCUGUCUGGAGGAUCAUGUCUCUGAGCUAAUGUGGUUGACUCUUUAAAUGAUAGUGUUGCUAAUGCUGUAAUCUCAGGUGAAUAUCUCUCUGAAAUGGAAUUCAUUUAUAUAAAAGAGAUCAUGGCAGUUCUGAAUUUCCCAGUGGUCAUAUCACAGUACCCUGCAAUAUUGAGGUGCAGCAUUGGGUGUGCAGUGUUGUACAUAUGACACAUGGAAAGGUCGUCUUGGCUCAAGUCCUUAUAUCAGCAGGCAUCUUCCCUCCUGGAGUAACCUUGAGUGAACCUCAACGUUUUCCCUCCAGCUGCCUUGGCCUCAGACCUCAAGUGAACCAGCUCAUGAAAAUCUUGUGAACCUGAGGGCUCUCAUACUCAAAUGUUUGACUGGCCCUCUCAAUCAGUAUGAAUGAUUGCUUAAAUUUUACUCCCCCACCAGCCCCGCUGAGAGCGUGAAAGAAAGCGUCUUACUGCUUAUUGCUGUCAUUUAAUAAGCCCUGGAUCCCCUGCUGUAUAAUAUGCAUAUGAUAAAAAUGCAGUGAUUUAUUUUUCAUGCCAAUAAAAUGUUUCAUAAUUCA